UAUUGUUUACUUCCGGGGCAUUCCAUCGUCGGGUGGUGGUGGUGGUGGUCAUGUUUUUACGUUUGUGAUAUAUUUUCGAGUGAGGCCAAGCGAUAUUCACUGGAAGUAAUAAUUUCUUCUGCUACGGUGUCCUAUCAGAAUAUUUAUCACCACAAUGACUGAGGAUGUCCAGAAGCACUCAGUCCACACUCUUGUCUUCAGAUCUCUCAAAAGGACCCAUGACAUGUUUGUGUCCGACCAUGCGAAAUCCAUCGCACUGGACGAUGAAAGCCACAAGGUGAAGAUGGGUGUGAAACUGAAAGCAGAGUAUGGUGCAGUUUUACACAUGCCUGUCCUGAAGGAAGGGAAAGACAGAGUCUCACAUCUUCCAGGCGGCAUGCAAGGCCACCAGAGCUACACACAGCCAGAUGACCCAGAAUACCUGAUCACUGGGACACAUGCUUACCCUUCUGGACCUGGAGUGGCCUUGACAGCUGACACAAAGAUGCACAGGAAUCCCAGUGAGGGUGGAGUCCAUUCCAUGGCGUUGGCGUUGCCACCCUCGCAAGCCAGGCAGGACACGAGCCGCACUGCAGCCAGUGUCGGGGACAUCCAUCGACACGCAGGAGGGGCAGAAAGAUCUCACCCUCAUUCGACUGCCGUGUCACUCUUGGAAGGAGGCGGCACCAGAAAUUCUGCACUCAUGAGGAAAGCACCAACCAUGCCCAAACCCCAGUGGCAUCCACCAUGGAAACUGUUUCGGGUUAUCAGUGGUCACCUUGGCUGGGUGCGGUCCAUCGCUGUGGAGCCUGGGAAUCAGUGGUUUGUCACAGGGUCUGCUGAUAGAACCAUAAAGAUCUGGGACCUGGCCAGUGGGAAGCUAAAACUCUCUCUGACCGGACACAUCAGCACAGUCCGUGGUGUGGCAGUCAGCAGCCGCAGCCCUUACCUGUUCUCCUGUGGUGAAGACAAGCAAGUCAAAUGUUGGGAUCUGGAGUACAACAAGGUCAUCAGGCACUACCACGGACACCUGAGUGCUGUGUAUGACUUAGAUCUACAUCCAACCAUUGAUGUGUUGGUGACGUGCAGCAGAGAUGCCACAGCGAGGGUGUGGGACAUCAGGACAAAAGCUAACGUGCACACACUAGCCGGCCACACCAACACUGUGGCCACAGUGAGAUGUCAAGCUGCAGAGCCACAAAUAAUCACUGGCAGCCAUGAUUCAACAAUCAGGCUGUGGGAUUUGAUCGCCGGAAAAACCAGAGCCACACUGACCAACCACAAGAAGUCUGUCCGAACUCUGGUGCUGCACCCCAGACAGUACACAUUUGCUUCUGGUUCUGCUGACAACAUCAAGCAGUGGAUGUUCCCAGAUGGCAACUUCAUCCAGAACCUGUCGGGCCACAACGCUAUUAUCAACACCCUGGCUGUUAACUCUGAUGGCGUAUUGGUGUCUGGAGCCGACAAUGGAACCAUCCACAUGUGGGAUUGGAGGACAGGCUACAACUUCCAGAGGAUUCAUGCAGCUGUGCAGCCUGGAUCUCUGGACAGUGAGUCCGGCAUCUUUGCCUGUUUGUUCGACCACUCAGAAAGCAGAUUGAUCACCGCCGAGGCCGACAAGACCAUUAAAGUAUACAGAGAGGACGACACCGCUACAGAGGAAAGCCAUCCAAUCAACUGGAAACCAGAAAUCCUCAAGAGAAAAAGAUUCUAAUGACUUUUUUAUUUGUUCCUCGUGUCACAGUAACAAUCUCGAAUUUUAUUUCUGCCAAACCCUCUGUUGUAGAUACACCCAUCAAGUUUUGCUCUUUAGUGCUUUUUCAUCAGACAGAUUUCUUUAUAACGUAUGUGUCUUUGAUAGAAGUGACCAUCCCCCCCAAAAAAAAAAUUAGAGUUGUCUGCUUUAUUCUAAAAACCAUUUGCAGUCUUCGUCAUACGAUGUUAGUCCAGUGAAGCGGCCAUUUUGGACUGCCAGGAACCUCCCUGAGUGUUUGUUCUUGAUGAUGACGGCUCUCUGAUGGCUCUGGUCUGUCUGGUCCACCAAAAGCAGCCACUCCUCAGACACAGAGGGACUGGCCUCAGAGUGGACCUGGUUCCCGCUGGGGUCAAACCCUGCAGAGGGAAAGACGGUGUUUUGAAAAAUUGGUAGAAAAAUAUUUGUUUUGUACUGACUCAAAAGAACUGCCAGCUGUACAGACUUGGAAACAAACAUUGCCCAUUUUUCUGGCUUGCAAUGUGAAAUUUAUUUUGACCCAUUUAAUAAAGACCACAUUUUUUCACAUUCUUAAUUUUUUUUUAUUUUAUUUUUUUGUAAAUGUCCAGUGAAGAUGAAUUUCUGUACUUACCGAGGUACCUGUCAGUGACAACAUUCCUGUAGUAUUUACAGCCGUUACCCUUAACCUCCUCCCAGUAACGGUGAUCUCCAGGCGUCCCAGUGAGCUCCACUGUGUUUCUGCUGUCACUGGUUGGGUGGAUUAUCGGCUCGCCUGUAAAACGCAAGUCAUGACGCAAGAGAAUGCUAUUGUUGAAAGUAACGCAAAUUUUAGAUAAGUGUGCAUGGUCAACCACGCAGUUCAGUUUCAGUGUGCAAAUCUCAAGAGUGCCAUCGAGAUUAAAGGGUCACUUCACCCCAAUUACAAAAAUCAUUUCUCACCUCCCUUUAGUGUGAUGCAAA